UUGAAAAAGCUGACCGUGUUCACAGUUUAGAUCCAAUCUACUUUAAAGCAUUUCAUAACAGAAAUUACCAUGAUGUCCGACUAUAGAACUGGUUUUAUGUGUCUGAUGACCCGUCCUCGGGAGCCACUGUUCUAUCCCAAGUAUGGAGGGACAACUUUCAUGGUUCUACCAGAACACUUCCUCACCGAUCGCUACCGACCAAUUGCCCCAAUGAUUGCGGAACGCUAUAGUUCCACGCCAAACCACGUGGUUGUGGGGUCAAUCGAUCCACCAGAUUUCACUUACGCAAUGGAAAUUCCGCGUAAUGGUAACUAUAACCAAUUCAGCCCGAAGCACCGGAACAUCUCUGGUAAAUUGAUACAGGACUUUAUGAACGCCUCGGAUCCGGAGCACUUACUUUCGAUGGCUUCUUAUGCAAGAGAUCGGUUGAACCCGCUGAUGUUCCAGUAUGCGUUGACGAUUACACUGCUCCAUCGUAAAGACACGCAGGAUAUUCCGGUUCUUUCCCUGCUGGAAACGUUUCCAAAACGUUUCGUUGAUCCGCUGCUUUUCCCGCAGUUAGAGGAAGAAGGAUUUGUGGUUGAUCAACCUCAGCGAGUGUCCAUUGAGGUGCCCAUGGUGUACACGGCAUCCGAGGAAGUGCUGGAGCAACGUUUGGCCUAUUUCCGGGAAGAUAUCGGAAUCAAUCUGCAUCAUUGGCACUGGCACAUUAUCUAUCCUGCGGAUGGACCAAAGGAAAUCGUUCAAAAAGACAGACGCGGUGAGCUCUUUUAUUACAUGCACCGUCAGAUUUUGGUACGCUACAUAGCAGAACGUUUCUGUCAUCUUAUGCCACCUCCUACUUCAUUGGAUAACUUGCGGGAACCGAUUCCUGAAGCGUACUUCCCGAAGCUUUUAAAUAGCGCGCUGAACAGGACCUAUUCAGCAAGACACGAAAAUGCUGUAGUAACGCAUGUGAAUCGACCAGACGACGAGGACUCUGUGGCAACUAUCUUGGAAAUCGAAAACUGGAUUAACCGUUUCAAAGACGCAAUCUCUCAUGGAUAUGUUGUAGCUGAAGGCGGUAAACGUAUGCCUUUGGAAGAUUCCACUGGCAUCGACUUGCUUGGUAACGUCCUGGAAAAUUCACUCAUGUCACCCAACAUUCCCCACUACGGGAACAUCCACUCAAUGCUGCAUUCCCUUAUCGGUUUUGUCCACGAUCCGGACAAUAAAUACCUAGAAGGAACGGGCGUGAUUGGUGAUAUUGCCACCUCAAUGCGCGACCCCAUUUUCUACCGGCUGCACGCCUUCGUCGAUGAUCUCUUUGAAGACUACAAGAAAAAAUUAGCUCCGUACACGGCCAAAGAACUUGGCUACCCAGGCGUUACGAUCGAGGAUGUUUCCGUGCAGGACAUCAACGGAAAAGCUGCCGUAAAUCGUUUGCUCACAUUCUGGCAAAGAUCACAAGUAGAUCUUGGAGUGGGGUUGGAUUUUGGUCCUUCAGGGCACGUGUUGGCUACGUUCACUCACCUUCAGCAUGCUCCAUUUGUUUACCGAAUCAACGUAAUGAACGAUUCUCAAAGGAUACGACGAGGAACAGUGCGAAUUUUCCUCGCUCCUAUUUAUGAUGGGUCAGGAGAAGCUCUUCCAUUCGAACAACAACGUCGCUAUGUCAUUGAGCUGGACAAGUUUACCGUAGCUUUAACCCCUGGUAUGAACAACGUUGUUCGUCGUUCGGAGGAAUCCAGCGUUACGAUUCCUUUCGAGAGGACAUUCCGCCGCCAGGACAUCUCGACAAUGCCGGGCACCGAAAGCUAUCGGUACUGCAACUGUGGAUGGCCCGACCAUAUGCUAAUUCCACAGGGAUCACCCCAUGGGCUUCCAUACGAUCUGUUUGUAAUGAUAUCCGACUAUAAGCAAGACUCCGUUAUGGUUGAUUUCGAUGAAUAUGUUGAUUGCAACGAUUCACAUUCCUACUGCGGCCUGCGAGAUAAGUUCUACCCCGAUCGUCGUGCUAUGGGAUUUCCGUUCGACAGGGUAGUACCGAAGGAAAUCACCCACAUGGAAGCCUUCACGCAGUCCUUUUCCAACAUGCAACGAGCGGUAGUAGAGAUUCGGUUCACCAAUACUACUAUAUCCAAGGUGUAAAAGUUUGAAAUAGCACCACGCAACGGGCUUAUAAUGGCAUUUUGGCUUAUGCUCUGGCUAAUGAUUUUUAGAUACAAUAAAAGUUAGG